AUGGCUCUGAGCUCCCUUUUGUUAACGGGAACUCAGUCGCUUGCCCAUAUUGCUUUGUUAGCAAUCGGUUCUUUCUCCUUCUUUUAUCUUUCUCGAGGCAUUUAUCAAGCUUAUUUCUCGCCGUUGAGCCACGUUCCGGGUCCCAAAUUAUGGACGAUAUUCCCAGUCAUUCCCAAGUUCAAGAUAUUGUUCGGUACCAUCGAUCAAGAUAUUCGCAAGUUUCACAGAAAAUAUGGGAACGUCGUACGCUACUCGCCAGAUGCGGUGACGUUUACUACUAGCCAGGCCUGGAAGACGAUUUACGGCCAUGGGCACGGGCAGUUCCCAAAGUACAGUGCCUCGAAGCAACUCGACCCUGACUCCAAUAUCCUUGACGCUGAUGAUGUCAAUCACGCUCGAAUUCGCCGAGGAGUCGCCCAUGCUUUCUCGCCACGGUCUUUAGCCGAGCAGGAGCCGAUCAUUCACGACUACGUCGAUAAGCUGGUUCGAAGGCUAUCUGAUGUGGCUGAAUCCCGAAUGCCGACAGAGAUGGGCAGGUGGUUCCACAUUGCUUCCUUCGACAUUAUCGGCGACUUGACGUUUGGCGAGUCUUUGGGCGGUCUCGACAACAACGAGUUCCAUCACGUGGUGACCUCUGUCCUCAUGUUUAUCGAACGCGCCAAGAAACUCUUCGAACUAAACACUUUGCUAGGCCCAUUGGCGUGGAUCGUCCUGCCGAUUUUGGCGCGGGAUGUUGAAAAGGGCUUCAUGGACCAAUUUGACUACACCAGAAAAGCCGUCAAUAAGAGGCUCGAGCAUAACUCUGAAGUCACCCGAAAAGAUUUCAUGCAGGGUCUUCUGCGUGGAAGAGAAGAGAAGACUAUCACUUCCAUUGAAGAGAUUGUCACAAACUCUAACACACUCUUCGUGGCCGGCAGUGAUACGACCGCGACUUUGAUGACGGCUUGCACCUUUUACCUCUUAUCGACGCCUCAUGCACACAAAAAAGCCGUCGAGGAAGUCAGAGCAGCGUUCGAAGCAGCCAGCGAAAUCAACUUCACGGAUGCUACAGCACGCUUGCCAUACCUUCUCGCGGUGCUGAACGAGACCUUUAGACUCUAUCCGCCCGUACCAACUGCGCUUGAGAGAGUCGUUCCAAAGACGAAGGAGCCAACUUAUAUCGAGGGAAUGUUCUUUCCAUCAGGUACUCGAGUCGGAGUUCAUCACUCUUCUGCCGGCCUAUCUGCUUCAAACUUUGCCCAGCCAGAGAGCUUUGUCCCUGAACGGUGGCUUCCCAGCGUUGCUCAUGACCCAACGUCCCCCUUCUACGCGGAUAAGCGGGACGCCAUACAGCCAUUUUCUUAUGGCCCUCGCAACUGCAUUGGCAAGCACCUGGCAUAUAACGAGAUGCGAGUUAUCAUUGCGCGACUUCUAUGGGAAUUUGACAUGAAGCUUGAUUCAUCCUCGACAGAAUGGACACAGCCAUACUCUAAUCACAAAGCCUGGGCCAUCUGGAAGAAACCGCCUCUGGUAGUGCACAUCGAGAGACGUCAUUUGGCGGUCUAG